GAAGCCUUGCUUGCCAUCGACGAAACGGGAACACGUUCCGUAAUUCCGGUCGCGGCGGAGGUGAAUCUCGGCGGCCGCUUUCUGGGGAGAUGGUUUGUUGAAACCGGCGAGGAAAGGGACGGGCGCUUCCCCCCCUUCCCCAUGGCGGGCGGUUAAGGCUUCCCGUCCCCAGCCCGCUAGGCGCCUGAGGGCGGUGCAGGCCUCGCCACGCCCCUUCCCUCCCUGCGGCCAUGGCAGACGAGCCGCAUGAGAAGUUCUUGGCCCCUGACGAGCCCGGCGCCCUCCUCUCCCCGCCGCCCCGCGCUCCGGGGAGCCUGAGCCUGGGCGACGAAGGCCCCGCUUGCCUGGACGUCAGCGACUUCGGAUGCCACCUCUCCUCCUGCCACCGCACCGACCCUCUGCGCCGCCUUCACGCCCACAGGUGGAACUUGACUUCUUGCGGAACAAGUGUAGCCAGCUCAGAGUGCAGUGAAGAACUGUUUUCUUCUGUGUCUGUUGGCGACCAGGAUGACUGUUACUCUCUGUUGGAUGACCAAGAGUUGACAUCAUUUGAUUUGUUUCCCGAGGGUAGUGUCUGCAGUGACGUCUCUUCUUCUAUUAGCACAUAUUGGGACUGGUCAGACAGUGAAUUUGAAUGGCAGUUGCCUGGCAGUGACAUUGCGAGUGGAAGUGAUGUACUUUCUGACAUCAUACCUAGUAUUCCAAGCUCUCCUUGCCUGCUUCCAAAAAAGAAAAACAAGCACAGGAAUCUUGAUGAGCUGCCAUGGAGUGCAAUGACUAAUGAUGAACAGGUUGAAUAUAUUGAAUAUCUGAGUCGCAAAGUCAGCACUGAGAUGGGGCUUCGAGAGCAACUGGAUAUUAUUAAAAUUAUUGAUCCCACUGCUCAGAUUUCACCUACAGAUAAUGAGUUCAUUAUAGAAUUAAAUUGCCUCACUGAUGAAAAGCUGAAACAGGUCAGAAACUAUAUCAAGGAGCAUGGUCCUCGGCAGCGGUCUGCGCGAGAGAACUGGAAGCGAAGUGGCUACAGCUGUGGGAGUGCCAGCGGUGUAAGCGGUGCCAGCGCCAGCAGUAGCAGUGCCAGCAUGGUCAGCUCAGCAAGCAGUAGCGGUUCCAGUGUGGGCAACUCUGGUUCGAACUCCAGCGCAAACAUGAGUCGGGCGCACAGUGAUAGCAACUUAUCUACAAGUGCUGCGGAGCGAAUCCGGGACUCAAAAAAACGUUCUAAACAACGCAAGCUGCAGCAAAAGGCAAUGCGGAAGAGGCAGUUGAAAGAGCAGAGGCAGGCUCGGAAGGAGAGGCUGAGUGGCUUGUUCCUUAAUGAAGAGGUUCUUUCUUUAAAAGUGACAGAGGAGGACCAUGAAGGAGAUGUGGAUGUCUUGAUGUGACAGAGAUGAACUUGUCAGUGUUCUUUCUAAGCCUUAAGCAUAUCUCAUUGUUUACAUACAUACACUUCUACCAAAACUGCAGUUAGAUGUGCUGCUCACUGUCCUCUGCUGUAUGGCACUCAUCCAUAUAUUUUAGAAAUAUUACUUUUGCAGGUGAUAAGAAGUCAAGAAGGUAUCCUUUUAAAAAAAUAGGAUAACAUUUAAUUUGCCUUUGCAAGCAGUUGAAAAGGGUUACAUUUCCUCCUUAAUUCUACUAAAAGUGACAGUGAAGUCUUUUUCAUCAUCAGCAAUCUAGUCUCAACUAUUUGACGCUUUGCAUAAAAAUAGAUUCUAGAAUUGUUCUCCUUGUCUUGCUGCUGCAUUUAUAUCAAAUCAUAAUUUUACAGGAAGUUACUUAGAUUUUCCAAAACUGUUACUGUGAUGUCAUUCUGUUCAGGGCUACCCGGUUUGUGUGGCCAGCCCUCUGAAGCAGUGCACCCCAGGUGAAGACUGUUAUCAAGUGGCUGGAAGCCACAAUGUGUGGAUAGCAGAUAGCUUUCAACAUGAUGGGUGGCAAGUUAUGUAGGUCUGUCAUUUACACUUGGUUUAAAUGGUAAGCUGGCUGAGGCAGAAAUGCUCACACAUCAUCUUAUUUAAGCUGGGCUGCUACUUGUGCAAAGAAACUGUGUGGUGCAUGUGGCUGUUUUGCAUGCAUAGCAGCACAGUUCAUAUGAGACACUAUGUGAGUACCAGUGUGAUUAGUUUUUUUCCAUGUCAGUGUCAGGUUUAAAUCAAGCUUUAUAAAGCAGUGGAACAGUCUGCAAAAAGGUAAUUCUUCUCCCAAUCACCCAUGUAUGCACGUUUCUUUACAUGUUCCAAAUCCAUAGCAUCAUGUGCCUUAAAAUUAGAGACCUCCUGUUUAAAGUGUUAGGGAUAUAGGGAGAAAGUUGUAAAGCUGAAAUAAAAGUUUCACAUUCUGGCAUACUUCCAUUGGUGAUCACCCUCUGAGCACAUCUAGCUUUUAAGAAGUUAAAUGUUUUCACAGUAAAAAAUGAGAGGUUCAUCUUGACCCGGUGUCUUGAGUGCUUUUUAAAUAAAAAUGCACAUUUUUCUGCUGUAAUGGCUACAUUGAUCUAGUUUGGAUGAUACUGAUUGAGUUUCUAUAAAUACCAUGUGGCAGUGCAAUGUGUAAACCACUUAAGCAGAUUUCUUUGAAAGAACACUUGUACAUUUUCAGUGGAGCUACCUCUACUUCCAUAAUGUAUGAAUCUGUCGUUUAUGAGUGCAUGGUUUAUUGAUAAACAUAAAUUCAUUAAACUUUUGGUUUUUAUGUUUAUCUUUUGGCAAAAACUUAGCUUUUCCUUGUAUUUUAAAUCAGCGUUCAGCCCUUGUGGUAACUCAAGCUUUGACUGGAGCUUGGAGUCUUGUGCCACUCAAGCAGACAGACACUCCCUUCCAGUGAUGGGAGAAGUUGGGGGUGGAUGCGAAGAGAAAACAGGACUUUUGGAUCCAGUCUGUUUAUUUCAAAGCAUUUCACUGGUUAUGGGCAGAGUACUUUGGAGAGAUGCAACUUUGCAUGCUAAAACUGUGUUAGACCAAUGAUCAUCCUUUUUUUAGGAGGAGAGUGAAAACUCUAUCUUACAAUUGAAUUGGUCACAGCACUUUGCAGUUGUUCUGCAUCUGUUUCUUCCUAGGUCACCUUGUCUUUGAUUUGAGCACAUUGUGUGCUUUUUUAAAAGCUAGGUUGUCUGUCUGAAUUGAACAUUGUCAUACCUUGAGCCCAGUUAACACUGUCAGUUCUAAAAUGGAGCAAAACUGCUUUUUGAUUAACAGUUGUCUGAGAGGCAAUAUUAUAGUCCCCCCCCCGCCCAUAGCGGAUACUUUUUCUGCUUAGAAAGUCAUGUUAGCCAGUAGAGAGGACCUGCUUGGUACCUCUCCAUUUGUGUCAUGUUUACCUUGAGCUCCAUACAAGCUGCAUAAGUAUUUAAUUUAAACAGUAUAAAGAAGGAAGCUGGUUGCAUCCUUGGGAAUGACUUCUCUAACAAGGCUUAGAAGGAGCACUGAAAACCUGCUUAGAAAAAGGCCACUGUUCUCUUUAGUCUGAUUACAUAGGAAGAGAUCAUAUGUCUUGCUUGUUCAUACUUUGCAUGUGUGUGUGUCUGCAUCCAGUUUCCUCUUCAGCUAGAAAUCUUUCAAAACUUAAGUGGAAAAUGUUUUUGUAAAACAGAUUAAAGGCUGCAGCAGUCUGGGUAUGUACAGAAUGCUUGCUUAAGAAGUUGGUAGUCCCAGUGGCUGAUCUUUUGGUUCACAGUAAAUAUUUUUAUUUUUCUA